AUGAACGUUAAGGGACCCAGAACUGAUCCUUGUGGUACACUGCGAGAAACCAGCCUAACGAAUCUGUUUGAAUUCUUUGAGGAGAUAGACCAUUCCACUUGUAUAGACCAUUACACUUAUAUAGACCAUUACACUUAUAUAGACCAUUCCACUUAUAUAGACCAUUACACUUAUAUAGACCAUUACACUUAUAUAAACCAUUCCACUUAUAUAGACCACUCCACUUGUAUAGACCACUCCACUUGUAUAGACCAUUCCACUUAUAUAGACCAUUACACUUAUAUAGACCAUUACACUUAUAUAGACCACUCCACUUGUAUAGACCACUCCACUUAUAUAGACCAUUUCACUUAUAGAGACCAUUCCACUUAUAUAGACCAUUACACUUAUAUAGACCAUUCCACUUAUAUAGACCAUUUCACUUAUAUAGACCACUACACUUAUAUAGACCAUUCCACUUAUAUAGACCAUUACACUUAUAUAGACCAUUACACUUAUAUAGACCAUUCCACUUAUAUAGACCACUCCACUUAUAUAGACCAUUCCACUUGUAUAGACCAUUCCACUUAUAUAGACCAUUUCACUUAUAUAGACCACUUCACUUAUAUAGACCACUCCACUUAUAUAGACCAUUCCACUUAUAUAGACCAUUCCACUUAUAUAGACCAUUCCACUUAUAUAGACCAUUCCACUUAUAUAGACCAUUCCACUUAUAUAGACCAUUCCACUUAUAUAGACCAUUCCACUUAUAUAGACCAUUCCACUUAUAUAGACCAUUCCACUUAUAUAGACCAUUCCACUUAUAUAGACCAUUCCACUUAUAUAGACCAUUCCACUUAUAUAGACCAUUCCACUUAUAUAGACCAUUCCACUUAUAUAGACCAUUCCACUUAUAUAGACCAUUCCACUUAUAUAGACCAUUCCACUUGUAUAAACCAUUUCACUUAUAUAGACCAUUCCAGUUAUAUAGACCAUUCCACUUAUAUAGACCAUUCCACUUGUAUAAACCAUUCCACUUAUAUAGACCAUUUCACUUAUAUAGACCAUUCCACUUAUAAAGACCAUUCCACUUGUUUAGACACUCCACUUGUAUAGACCAUUCCACUUAUAUAAACCACAAAUCACUUAUAUAGACCAUUUCACUUAUAUAGACCAUUUCACUUUUAUAGACCUUCCACCUGUAUAGACCAUUCCACUUAUACAGAUCAUUUCACUUGUAUAGGUCCCAUCUUCUCUAACAAUGGCCCAGGAAUCUAAUUUAAAAAUCACACAACAUCAGGUUAUAUUCCAACAGGUUUAUUUGAAAGCAGUAACGUUCGGAGCACUGGUCCUUCAGGAAUCUAAAACAUCUGCUCUAUUCUCCUAUUUCUGUGCUUGUUGACCUGUGGCACCAGGUGUACUCCGGUGAUUACAACCUUUGAUCUCCUGCUUUUUAAUCAUUCUUCAUUCUACCUAUAUCAUUGGUAUCAAUGUCUACCACAACCUCUGUUUAGCACUAUUCCCUUUCAUGACACCCUACAGCUGAUUAGAGGCUUCCUAGACUGUGGCUUCAGCGAGGUCACACACCAUCCUGGAGUGACAUUGCAGUCACAGGUGUGCCUGACUGUUCCCCGAAAUGAUGAACCUCUAUCACUGUCGCUCCUGCUCUCUUCUGUCUCCUGUCUUGUACAGCCAGGCUGCUUCUGGCUCUGUCUGUGCCCUCAUCACCUUCCAAGAAGGAAACCAGCUUGUGAGUGAGAGCCGAGGGGUCUCCUGCUCUGCCUGUUUGUUCCUCUUUGACUGCCUGGUGGUCACCCCUUCCAUUCUUUCCUCUGGUCCCUCGAGCUGUAGUAUGACCAACUCUUUAUACAUGCUGUCCACUCGCUGCAGAACUCCUAGCCUGUGACCAAGGUCUUGCUGCGCAUAUGAUUAUGGUCCGCUUUAGUAUCUGAGGGGAUGCAAGCGAUGGUGAGUGUUGUAAUCUGAUGAUUGCCUACCACCAAUUCUGACUUUAUGUUGGAGGGAACUUCAGUAAUGAAGAUGGUUUGACCUUGAGGAGCUCCUGCAGUGAUGUUCUGCAGCUGAGAUGACUGACCUCCAACAACCACAGUUAGCUUCCUUAUGUGCCAGGUAUGACUCCAACAAGUGGGGAGUUUUCGCUUCGAACACCAGUUUUGUUCCUUGAUGUCAUGGCCAGUCAAAUGUUUCUUUGAUGUCAAUUUCAGUCACCCUCACUUCACCUCUUGAAUUCAGCUCGUUUGUUCAUGUUUCGACAAAGGCUGUAACCCAAACUGAGUGCCAGUGAGCAGGUUAACUUUGAAGAAGAACUUAUCUUUAAUGUGUAAGUUAAGUGGGGGAUAGGGAGUCUGGGAGUGUCUGAGGGGGCAGGGUGACAGAUUUAUGACAGAUUAUUCGAAGUCAGGUUACCAGGUGAGCGAUGACCAGUGUCAGAUUUAUGGGUGAUCCAUGCACCAUGAGGUGAGUGAAGUCUUAGAGGAGGUUAGCAUCAGGAAUUGUUGGCUUCAUUGGGCUUAGGAGAUGGUCAGGUUCUGGAAUGCAAAGUGGAAGUGGACAGUUGUGGCGGAAUGUGGAUCUGCUGGAAUUGGUAGCUGUGGAUCGGGAUGAUGGGGGAGAGUGAGUUUGUGUGAUAGAAGGUGGGGUAGUGCCAUUCAUACCCAAGGGCUGGAUAAAUCCCUGGGAAGUUGGUGGGGUUUCGGGUUGGUCUGGAGGUGGGGGGGUGGUGAAUGUCAGAUCGAGAUGGGGCAACAUGUUGGGUACACUGGGAAGUUUUCAGAAUUGAGUGCUAGGUUGUUGGAAAGUAUCAGAUCUGGAGUAAUCAGGUCAAGGAGAAUGUGUCAGGUCUGGGAGAGUUGGUGGUUGGAUUGGUGGGGGGAGGGGGGGGUGACAGAUCUGGGGAAAGUCAGGUCCAUGGAGUGAGGAUUAGGUGUCUGUGCUGAGUCGGGAGGCAAGUUGGGUUUGAGGAGGAGGUUUGGGUAUCUGUUGAAUGUGGAGGGAAGUAAUCAGGUGGAUGGGUCAGUGUAAUGAUUAGAGUUUUAUAGUUGGCUAGAAAAAGGGCGUUAAGCCUCUCCCUUUUUCUGAAUAAUCAUUCAGUAAGUGAGACAGAUCCAUUUGAAUUCACUCUGACUGUCACUUGAAGUUGGAGACAUUUUUGGAGGGUUCCUGAUACCAGGUAAUUGUGCAUCAAAAGUUUCAACUUCUCCAGGGGUUCCUGUGAGGUCAACUGUGAUGGGAAUUCUGCAUCUUCCCAAAGUGUAUUCCAUGUUGCUGCCAUGAUGCUCUUUCCAUUGAAACAGCUGGACCUUUGCCACAUGAACUGGUGAAUAUUUCCAGCAUUUUCCAUUUCUGUUGCCUUACCCUCAGUGAAAACAUACAAACAAGUUGCAGGAUAAAAAAAGCACAGCAAUUGAGUUUAUUGACAAUGUGAGUAUAUAAUGGAGAACUUGAAAUAAUUGUUCAAUUCUUCUUCU